AUGCUUCAGCAAGUCGUCAACAACCCAUGGUACAAUGUAAUCGGAACUAAAGCGUUGCCACCAACUACCAUGCCGUUGAAGUUACAAAAUUUGAAUACGAUGAAAUUGAGUACAUAUUUACUCGUCAACAAGAUCGGUAGAAUCAAAAGUGUCAACGUUUGGUUUUAUAAAAAGAUUUGCGACAUGCCAUUCCGUCAGAAUGAAGUCGUUAGUUGGGUAAGGUCUGAAUUUGUGGGUGAGUGGGUUUAUGGAGAAAAGUGUCGCGUGCAUCGUCCCAAUGCAUCGUCUGCGUUCGUAUUUCGCGUUGACUACGCACAACAUCCAGGGUGA